CGACCUUUAAUCCCCCACUCAUCAUACUACUAUGGACCACCUCCAUCAGACUCGGCCUACGGAACGCCCCCAGUGGGACAAAUUGGUGUUCAUCAUCCUCGAGAAAUCGUACGCAUUGAAAGGGAUUAUGGUGGGGGGGAACUGACUCAGUUCUCUUCAAUAUAUCCUAUUGAACUUGAUGGCCGAAUAACACCGACUCAGUUCAUGGAGACCAUCAAUGACAUCAACGAGCUUCUUAUAUCAGCGCAUAGCGCCCGCCACUCUUUUAUAUUCAAUUUUCUUGCGGUUGCUACCCUACACCUCUCGACACUUGUCUUCACGUCACACUACGAUAAGGAGAUGCGGCGGUUAAAGGAGAAGAUCGAGGGAAUAAACACCCAGAUAUAUAACCCCGUCGGCCUCAACAUUCUGUGGCCCCGGAACGUGGCUUUUCUUUUCGUGCGUAUUUUCAUCAGUCAAGGGUCCUUGUGCUCAUCAUUACUUCAUAAUGAUCCGUCGCUUGACAACAACAGCUAGAAAUUGAAUACUAUGUGCGUAGUUUAUGCGCCGUCGGUGCAUUCUCAUAUCCGCUAAAGCUCACCUUCCUUGUGCUUUAGUGACCUUUUCGAGCGAUAUUGAUACCAGACACAUUCCAACGACACACUUACUUAUUGUACAUCAUUCUGCCUAUGUCACAUCGGGUACAUGGAUAAUUUAAUAUGCUG